AUGCCAGAGGGCAAGCCGCGGGCUUGCCAGCUCUACAGAGCUGCCAAGAAGCCAGCUCCGCCUCUUCUCUGCAGAACGCCCCCGUCAGAAGGCCUGCGAAGCACACAGCAAGAGGAUGUGGACAGGGGUUCAGAAGGACGUGCUGACUCUGAGACAGACGCAGAAAACCAAAAGCAUGAAACUGCACCUGAAAACACCGGAGAUGCUUCCAUUAACAAAACCACAGAGCCUCUGAAAAGCUUCCACCCACAGAUAAAGUGGUUCCAGAAAGACGAUGUGGUCAUACUGAGGAUGCGGAUAAGGAAUGUGAAAGAUUACAAAUGCAAAUAUUUUAGAGAUCGAGUCACUUUUAGUGCCUGGGUAGGGGAGAAGUUUUACUUGGCUGAUUUGGAGCUGCAGGCCAACAUAAUAAAAGAUGAUUGCAAGUGUGCAAUUAAAAAUGACGAACCUGUGAUCACCCUUGCGAAAGAGAGAAGGGAACCCUGGCGCAGCUUACUCAGACAGAGGAAUCCUAAUGUGGCUUUUGAUUUUGACCACUGGGAAGAAUGUGAAGAGGAGAGCCACUUCUCCAAGGUCGUACACACUAAAAACCUGUCCUGCAAAGUGGCAGAGGUGACCAGUGAGGACAGUGACCAAACUUCGGAGGAUGACGGAAGCGAGAGCGAAUGAGAAUGUGCAUCAAACCCUGAGGCAUGACCAGGAGACGGUGAACAGA